AUGACCCACAUAGCUGUGGAUGAUUCUCACACGGGCUGCUGCUAUUCUCAGAGGGCACACACACUCUCUCUCUCUAUGUUGGACUCCCAGUCUCUGGUUCAGAGGGGGGGACUCAGCUCCACGGGACUCGUGGAACAAACCUUAAAGUCUGGUCCAGGCAUGGCGACGAUGCUGCUGCCAGUCGCUCUCUGCCUCAGCUUGGUCCCUUUGUGUUUUGGAGCUGCUAUUCCUGUUUCAUGUGGUUCCAUCUACAAGAGUUUUGCUCAGUGUUUAGUCUCACUUGGAGACAGCUUGGUGGAAACCCAGAAAGACCAGAGCGCACAGGACAUCGAUGCAAUCUGCAGGUCCUGGAAUGCGUUCCACGUUUGUGCCAACUCAGCACUCAUCGGCUGUCCCGGAGAAGCAGCAGCUAUCUGGGAAUCUCUUAGACAAGAAUCCAGGAAGGCGCAGUUUUCUGGAAACCUCUACGACAUGUGUGCCAGCCUCACAACACUCCCACCCACAACUGUGCCUGCACCCCAGAGUCCCCCCACCUCUGACCAGACCAACCAAGAGACACUAAAGGGACAGACGCACCAACACAGCCCCACCCUGACGUCACUGUUGUUCCCUGCAUGCAGCACCCUGCUUCUCCUGCUCAGGAGCUAG